AUGCCACCAACCAACCUCCUAGCCUCCAAAACCGCCAUCAUCACCGGCGGCACAACCGGCAUCGGCCGCGCCAUCACCCUCGCCUAUCUCUCCCAAGGCUGUUCCGUAGCCGUUAACCACCUCGAUCUCCCGCGCGACCGACACCACGUCGACUCUUUGAUCGCCGAAGCCGCAGCCCUCAAGUCUUCCUCCUCUUCACCGCAGCACACAACAAUAGGCGACCUAGCUUUACUACCCGGCGACGUCCGCGACCCGUCCACUGGUCCAGCCCUAGUCAAAUUCGCCCUCGACACCUUCAAGACCGACCGCCUAGACAUUUGCGUCUCCAACGCCGGCAUCUGCCAAUUUGCCGACUUCUUAGACAUGGAUGCCGACUUAUUCAGCAACACGGUCCGAACCAAUCUCGACGGAGCAUUCUACGUCGUCCAAGCGGCAGCCAGACAGAUGGCGCGUCACCAGGAUCCGCCGGGCGGAAGCAUAAUAGGCAUCAGCUCCAUUUCUGCGCUGGUGGGAGGCGCAGAGCAGACGCAUUAUACGCCCACCAAGGCGGGGGUGUUGAGUCUGAUGCAGAGUAUAGCGUGUGCGUUGGGGAGGUAUGGGAUACGGUGUAAUGCUAUACUGCCGGGGACGGUGGAGACGCAGUUGAAUGAGGGGGAUUUGAACGCUGACGAGGAAAAGGGAAGGGAGAAGAGGAGGUAUAUGGAGGGACGGAUACCGCUGGGACGACUGGGAAGGCCGGGGGAUGUGGGCGGGCCGGCGGUGUUUUUGGCGUGUGAGGAGUUGAGUGGGUAUUGA